GAUGGCUCCCGCAGGCGUUGCCGAUGGCGGUGGAACUCCGUCGACACCUACAGCGGCAUCGGCGACGCAAGGCAACACCACGCGAGACUCCAUCGGUUCAAUCAUGCACGAGUUUGUGGACUCGUUCCCAAUCGACAUGGAUUCGCGGCAGUCCAUCUCGGACCUUGGCAAGAUUUUGUUUGCCGAAGGUCAAAAGGACACCAGUGCUCCAUCGACGUCAUCGGCGCCAAAAACUCCAUAUCAAAUGCCUAAAGAGAUCAAGGGCAUUCCUCGUCAAAAACAACAAGAUGUAAUGGGGAUCACUGCGUCCGGCCGCGUGGCGCUGCCCCAAGGCAGCGUCCGAAAACUUUUGCAAACCCAAGGCAAAGCCAUCCCAAUGCGUUGGACAACGGAAGAGGACGAAAUGCUGCGGCAAGCGGUGGAAACCCACGGUGAACGUAAUUGGAAAUCCAUUGCAGAGAUCGUUCCGGGGCGCAACCACACGCAAUGUCUGCAGCGUUGGACCAAAGUUCUUGCUCCAGGACUGAUCAAAGGCCACUGGCGUCCUGACGAAGACGACGUGUUGAGGCAGUUGGUUGCAGAGGGGCGUAAAAAUUGGGGCCAAGUCGCAGCUCGGAUCCCAGGGCGCACGUCCAAGCAAUGCCGUGAACGAUGGUACAACCACUUAGACCCCAACAUCGUUCGAGGGGAUUACACGGCGGAAGAAGAUCAAAUCAUCAUUGAAGCUCAACAGCGCAUUGGGAAUCGAUGGUCCGCUAUCGCCGCCAUGUUGCCAGGUCGUACCGAAGAUGCCGUCAAAAUCCGCUGGAAAUCGCUUUGCCGGACGAAGUCUGGACGAAAUCGCAAAGCCCAAGCUGACAAAGAUGCGCAUGACGCUACAGCGAUGGGAAGCGGCACGCCAGGAUAUCACAUGGGUCAUCAGGGCUACCCGCGUCCGCUGCAACAGCACCAUCAUCUCCCUGGAAUGGAUGACCGGAUGCAACCGCCUUCCUUUCAAUCGCAUGGGCACGUUCCAAUGCACCUACAGCCUCAUCAGUCCUAUCACCCGCACAUGGCACCGCCGACACCCCAAAGUGCAAGCGCCGAGUACCAACCGACUGAUUUAUACAAUCAGUCAUACCAGCCUGUGCAACAUCCCCACCCACAGCUCUCAUCGCACCUGCACCAGCAGCAGCCUCAAAUGCACCACCAGCACCAGCCGCCUCAAAUGCACCACCAGCACCAGCCGCCUCAAAUGCACCACCCGCACCAGCCGCCUCAAAUGCACCACCCGCAGCAGCACAUGACUGGCGGUUCCCCGACGCCCCCAAGCUUCCAGGUGUCGAACUUUAACCCAGCCACAGCGUUUUUGCAAAAAAUGAACGGCUCACAUCAACAGUUUGCCCCGGCCCAACAACAACAACAACAGCAGCCAUCCUCCGAGUACGAUUCAUACUACAACAACGCCGGGCCUUAUGGUCGUCAGAACACGUCAGCGGGGUACCAGCCGACGCCGUACCCACCCCCGCAGCAGCCGCCCCAGCACGACGGUGUCUACCACCAAAAUCUCGAUCAACAUCCGCCACCGGCUUCGUCCAUGAAGACCGAACAGAAUGUACCGCCGUCAAGCUCUUUUCAAAUGCGACCGAACGGCACCGCCACUCCAGCUGCCUGUGGUGGUCCCCCGCCCAUGGCGCCAUAUGCGUCGUCAUCACCGCGACACUCGCUCGUGUCCAGCUUUGUGCAGUCCCUCGGCACACCGAUGCACACGGGGGAUUAUACUCGGCCCGCAGCGCCUGCGCUCAACUUUGCCGCAUCAUUCGCUCAAAGCCAAGCCCCCAAACUCCAGCAACCUCCUUCUGUGGUUCCUAUUAACAACAUUGCGGCGUCGUUUGCCAACCGAGCCGCUGCGGUAUCGGUCCCUUCGGACGCAAACCAAGGCGACCCAAAUAACAAGCGUCCUCGAUUGCCCGUGAACAUGGACGCGGCUCGCGCCGCUGCUGCCCGCCGCAUGCGCCAAGGCGACAACAACGCAGAUUUCAUACCCCAGCCCCCCCUGUCGGACCAAAGCACGACAGGCGCGGCCCCCCUUGGGGAAAUCCCCCGCAUCUCGGUCUCGGACAUCAACCUGAGCGAGCUUGGACCGAUCGAAGAAAUGUGGAGAGUGUCCAGCGAUAUGAAUCGGCUUUCGCUGUAAUAAGAUAGACUGCUGAGAUGUGUUGCGCUUAUGACGUGGCAGCUCCUGCUUUCGAAUCCCACCUUUUUUUGUCGACUGGACGAUUGGAACAAAAGUACAAGGAAAUUUGU